GCUUAGUGUUUACUUGCAGUCCUCAAACACUUUUGGUAUUAAUCUUAUUUGUCAAGCCUAAGAUGCAUGCAUUAAGCUUUACCAUAGCACAGACCAAGAUGGUAGCUACCAACAGAACCGAGGUUCCAACCAACUAUGACAGAAAAAGUGAACUGAAAGCUUUUGAUGACACAAAGGAAGGUGUUAAAGGCCUUGUUGAUGCUGGAGUAACUGAGAUUCCUCGAAUUUUUCAUCAUCCACCAGAUGAGUACUCCAUCCAUGAUUUCAGUGAUCCAGAAGAAACCCAAUAUAGCAUUCCAGUCAUUGAUAUUGAAGGCCUUUCCGAUUCAACUAAACAAAAGGAGAUUGUUGCAAAAGUUGGAGAGGCAUCAGAGACCUGGGGCUUCUUUCAGAUAGUCAACCAUGGAAUACCUGUUGAUGUUCUUGAAGAGAUAAAAAAUGGGGUCCGUCGGUUUUUUGAGCAGGACUCUGAGGUGAAGAAACAGCUUUAUGGUCGCGAUCACUUCAGGAAUCCUGUGCUCUAUAAUAGCAACUUUGAUCUGUAUAGUGCACCGGCGACUAAUUGGAGAGAUACUUUUUCAUGUUACAUGGAUCCAACUCCUACUAAGCGAGAAGACUUGCCAGACGUAUGCAGAGACGUACUUGUUGAGUACUCGAACCAAGUAAUGAAGUUGGGGAAGCUAUUGUUCGACUUGUUGUCUGAAGCUCUUGGAUUGAAGCCGAGUCACUUGAAUGACAUAGAUUGUACUGAGGGGCAUCUGUUAGCAGGCCAUUACUAUCCCCCUUGUCCACAGCCAGAACUAACUCUAGGCGCAACCAAACAUGCUGAUAAUGCCUUUCUUACUGUUCUUCUGCAAGACCAUAUUGGUGGUCUUCAAGUCCUUCACCAGAACAAGUGGUUUGAUGUACCGCCCGUGCACGGUGCUCUUGUGGUUAAUAUUGGAGAUCUUCUGCAGCUUAUAUCUAAUGACAGAUUCAAGAGUGUAGAACACAGGGUGCUGGCAAACCUUAGAGGUCCACGAGUAUCGGUUGCAAGCUUUUUUUGCACAGGAUUGCUGCCAUUAACAAAACUCUAUGGACCCAUCAAGGAGUUGCUAUCAGCAGACAAUCCUCCGAAGUACAGGGAGACUACUGUUAGGGACUAUUUUGCCUACUUCAAUCAAAAAGGCCUCGAUGGUACCUCUGCCUUGUCUCAUUUUGAGCUUUGAACUUGGAAACAAACAAGCAUCACCGCAGUGAAAUCCAUUCUGUGUUUGGCGAACAUUUCUUUUGUGUUGAAAAUGCAACGAAACUUUCAAGCACCAAUAAGCUGUAGUUAUUUGUCCAACAAAAUGUAAACUCAGCUGCUAUUGUUA